CCAAUGCAAAAUCAGAAUUUCAAAAAUGUGACAAUGGUAGAUUUUCAACACCCCUACUCUCUGUUACACUUCAUCCUGAUCCAGUCGUCUCCGGAAAACUCGCAACUUUUAAUGUUUCUGGAACUAUACCUACAAAAAUUACAGAAAAUACCGCAAUUAUUGCUUAUUAUUACGAUCUUGAAUUUAAACGAAUCGUAGGCGAUCAUCAUCUUGAAAGAAUUUGUAAAGGAACAGAGUGUUCAAUUGAAGCUAAUACUCAAUUUACUAAAAAAUUUAAGUUUCUGACACCACCUUUACCUUUUCAAUAUCUACUUAAAGUUGCUGUUCUUGUGUGGAAGAAAUUUGCAUGGAGUACACUUACCAUUUCUAAAGAAUAUUUCUUUGUGAGCAUUUUGUUAGUCAAGAAUACAAAGAAAAUGUCUUGUAUUUUGCAGAAUCUAAAAAGAGAUAAUUCGGACCUUAUAGAGGCAUUUUUCAAAAAACCAAUCUUGGUGACCGAUUAUAGUGUUACGACGAAGGCUUUCGUUAAAAUGGAUUUUGGAAGGUGGAGGAUUCAGCUUUCGUUUAAUAGUUAUUUUACAGUUACAAAAGUAGUAGUCUUGGAUUUUGCCUUUACUGAAAGUCUUAUAUCAGAGAGUGUUGUAGGGAGUAUUGGAAGUGAUAAUAAUAUCAAUGAUAUUGAUAUUGCUACUGAAGUAGAUAUUAAUACAUCAACAAUUUUAAUAUUUGAUUCAGAGUUGACUACAUUAGGAUCAACUGAUAGAAAUGAAUAUUUUGUUAUAGACACAAUAAACGCUAGUGAAUCUUUAUCAGAAUGUCCAAUUUUAGACAUUAAUAAUAGUUCUAUUCAAUGCUAUUCAAGCUAUUCGGAAAGAUAG